CACAGAGCAGUACCAUCUCUCGACAAACCGUCUUGCUCAACCAUACCGGUACUCGUAUCAUCGAUAUCGCUAGUCCAUGUCCAGCGAACUUUUCAGAAAGCUUUAUUAGGCACCCUCUUACUACGGUUACAGGAACCGUUAUUACACCGACCACUCACUAUAAAACAGAAUCAGUUUAUAUUCGGACUAUUCUCAUUCAUCGCCCGGUGCUCAGGUCUCCAGUAUGACAUCUUCUGUUGUACCCCGAAAGUAUGCCGACUACCAUCUGUCUCCGAACCGGCAGCCACUGCCCUCCAUCUCAGAGUUCAUUCGAGACACUAAGCCAGCCACUUGUACUCAUACACCUCUCUCCAGCGUCCAGACUGACUCCGGACUUUCCCUGCCUCUCGCAUCUAUCCAUCGAACGCUACCUAAGACAGGGAAGAACCCAUCAUUGCAUCAACUGCUCUCAGCUUCACCCUUCCCUCCCCGACAACAUAGCCUACCUGCCGUCUCGGAUCCUCUACCGCCACCUUUCGCCAGCCUUCCAUCACCUCUUCCUGUCUCUAACUUUUGCCAGAGUCCCUCAGUCAAGGCGGAGAUUCUAUCUCAGCAUCGCCAACCCCAGCAGCAGAAGACGCAAGAGCCUCAUCCUCCUUUCAGACAAGUACAUUCUCACUCUGCUUCACCAUCCCUCCCUCCAGAUCCGAUUUACUCUCAACCCCGCCCACUGCCUCCUGGCCAGAUACCUCUUGCCCCUUAUCCAACCCCUCCCAGGAACGGCUUUGCUACUCAAGCCGGAUAUGACGCCUCAGUCAAAAGACACCCUAGGAGCUGGAGCUACCGAGAUUCUUUAAGUCAAAUUAGUUCCUCAUCCCGCACCAUUCUUAACUGUGCUGAAAAGUAUAAUCGAAUUGCUUGUGAGCAGCACGGGGCUCACGUGAUCUUAGAAAGGCUGCCAACAGAAUGGGAACUUAGCAGCAUGCUGAGUAACAUGGAGCUCAUCAAGCGUUCUCUAGAACAUAUUGAGGACUUCGUGCAAACAUCGAUUCAGAAUGAGCGGGCUAGUGAAGGAGCCAAGAUGAAGGAGGAGAACCAUGCGACUAUUUCUGUAUAUGCUUUGCAGCCCUCAUCUGGUACGACAGGAACCACGAAGCGACUGGCAUGUGCGUCCCGAACUGGCAGAUGCCAAAAUUGCGGCCGAACCCAGACCCCUGAAUGGCGCCGCGGACCUAAUGGAAUGAGGACACUGUGUAACGCAUGCGGCUUACACUAUGCAAAACUAAAAAAUAAGCGUCAAAUAAAAGCAAGUUCGAUCCGUCCGUAACCCGAAAAAGCACUUCAGCUGCGAGGCUCAGAGUUGCUGCAGGGUGGCUUCGGCCCAGGAGUCACCAUUCCGUAUCAUUUCUCAACUAUCAGUUCAGAUAUUCUAAAAGUCAUCCACCAUUAAAAGACCAUCCUAGGGUACUUUCCCGUUAAGGAUUAAUGGAUAUUCGAGGCUAGCUUCGCUCAUACCGCAAUCCUUCCAACAACACGUAAUCCAGACGUGUACCAAUACUUCAUUUUUGGACUGUCAACGUUGGCCGGUUUCUGUAUGUCUAUUUGCAAUACUAUGGAGCUUAGAAACUGGCGAGUAGGGCCACAGCACUGCUAUUAUUUAUUAAAUUAUUUCUUCUUACGUAUCUUUAGGACUAUUUUAAGCAGAGUAGAUUUCGGUUUAUAUAAAAGAUCCUCUUGAGCCUCACAUCAAUAGAGC